AUGACGGUUAAGAAAGUAGAGAUCAAAGUGGAUAUCAACUGUGGGAAAUGCAAAAAUGCAAUCAUGCAGGCAGUCACAGAGCUAGAAGGUGUGAAUCAGGUUGCACUGGAUCAAGAGAAGAGUUUACUAACCGUGGUGGGGACAAUGGAUCCGGUAUGCGUUGUAGGGCAGCUAAUGAAGAUCAAACAGAAACCAGUAGUAGUCAGUGUUGGACCACCAAAACCUCCUGAGCCCAAAAAGAAGCCAGACUGCACGCUAGAGUGGUGCGGGCCUUACCAUCCUUACUACACCCCUCGUGACGUCGUAUCAGUUACUACCUAUGAAAGCGGAAGCGGCUGCACCAUCAUGUAA